CUCUCUACUGCAUUUCAACGAAUGACUUCGCUUUCAUCGCCUCAUGCCCUCAUCGCUCUUGCAAGGGGACUCAGUGCGCAGCACACCCUCACGCCGGGUUGCCAUUUCUUCAACGAUAACCUCAUCACUGCUGGCUCUCACACCGCAAGAUCAGCAACCCCGUACAGGCAGCCACUUUUGUUUCGCCACCACCACGCCCACGCUCUCCCAGUACAACUGCGGUGUCCAUGGCAUCCCCAUUUUCAAUGCUGGUAUCUGCGUUGCGCUUUCCAUGAUGCAUUCGUUCAUGUUAGCAGGAGUAUCUCGGCGGCUUGCGGGAGCUCUCCUCCAGCAACACUACGGAGCAACGCUUUUCUGCACGUACGGGAUGGUCUGGUGUGGCCUCGCCAUGUUCUUCAUCCUCUUCUUUAUCGAGCUAUCCAACUAUAAUGGGGACACGCCAGGUAUCUAUUUGGCAGGCGGUAUAGGCGCCGCGGACGCAGAGAACGCUAGCCACUUUCAAGGCUAGCGUUGCUCUCAUCAUUCUUCUGAAUCUCUUGAACCUCGCCUUCAACUUGCUUGACUGGUAGGCCGUAUCGUCGGCUGUCCCCUCGCAUUCAGCGCCUGCUACUGAGUCUUGGAGACUGAAAUGUGAAAUCUAUCCAGGGGAGCUUGCCCUUCGAACUCUAUGGAAUCCUCUUUCGUCUCGCCGCUGUGCAGUAUUGGCAUGGCUUCUCCCUUUACGAAACAAACUAGCUUCGUCGCCCUGCCGACCAUACCGCUUAAGAAGGAAACUUGAAUGCGCUCUCGAUUUUCGCUCGCACUUUUGUUGUCUGCGCGGCAAUGAGAA